CGUAGCUUAUAGGGGCACCUGUAGUCUCUGAUAGAUGUGAAAGCUGGAUAAAUCAUGUGUCGUUGGAGUAUUAAGGGACAUUUAUGUCCAAAAUGAAUUGACAGUGUUACUUUUCCAAUUAUUUUUCCAAUGGAAUCCCGUUUUGCGCUACCAGUGAUGUGUAUUGAGGUAAACGGUCGAGGUGACAUUGUUAAACAAUCUUUAGCUAACUAACGAGUUACUUCGGAGUUAUGUUGCCGACGUUGUCGAGAGUUAAACCCCCUCGGUGGCUUUCUCCUGACAUACUUUCAAGAUACAUAUUAGGACAUGAGGUUAGAGGAAACGAGCUGAGCUUGUUCAGUCAUAGUAUUUCACCAAAAUCUGCGGCGUGGAGACUGAAAGUCACCGCUGGUAUCAGAAAUGUCAGCACCUCAUGUACGCUGUGCGCCAAAGCCCGAGGAAACCAGAAGAAGAAGGAUAUGUCAGAGAAGAAGUUGACCCGUCACUUCAUAGACUAUCGCAGGGUGAAGCUGAUGGCUGGGUCAGGCGGUAAAGGUGCCUGCUGCUUUCACAGUGAACCCCGUAAAGAGUGGGGCGGACCAGACGGAGGGAAUGGAGGCGAUGGAGGAAACAUCAUUAUUAAGGCUGAUCGGUUUGUGAAAUCAUUGGCGCAAGUAGUUCCAGUUUACAAGGGAGAGGAUGGGCAACCAGGGGGCAGCAAAAACUGUUACGGUCGAAACGGCAGCCCAACCUACAUUCAUGUACCAUUAGGAACUCUGGUAAAGGAGCAGGGCAAAACUAUAAUGGAUCUCUCUGAACAUGGGCAAGAGUAUUUGGCUGUAUUUGGAGGGGCCGGAGGGAAGGGGAAUCGAUUCUUUCUGUCCAAUGAGAACCGUUCCCCAAUGACGGCAACCUCAGGAAUGCCGGGUGAGGAGAGGGUCCUUCAGCUGGAGCUACGCACCAUGGCCCAUGCUGGACUGGUGGGGUUUCCUAAUGCUGGGAAAUCAUCAUUGUUGAGAGCCAUCUCCAAUGCCAAGCCUGCUGUGGCUGCUUACCCUUUUACAACACUCAACCCACAUGUAGGAAUUGUCAAUUACAGGGAUCAUGAGCAAGUUGCAGUUGCUGACAUCCCAGGCAUCAUUCGAGGAGCCCAUUUAAAUCGAGGCCUGGGCAUUUCUUUCCUGCGUCACAUAGAGCGCUGUCGUUUUCUCCUCUUUGUUCUGGAUUUGUCAUCACCGGAGCCCUGGACUCAGCUCCAACACUUGCGUUAUGAACUGGACCAGUAUGAGCCUGGUUUGUCCCAGCGGCCUCAGGCCAUCAUAGCCAACAAAAUGGAUUUACCUGAGUCCAGAGAGAGGCUUGAGACCCUAAGAAGCCAUGUCACAGAGCGGGUCAUCCCCGUGUCGGCUCUCACAGGACAGAACACAGAGGAGCUCAUCCUCCACCUCAGAGAGCUGUAUGAUGGCUACCUCCAAGAAAAAGGUAGUGGGGAAGGCAAACCCACCAGGUGGUAGAAAAAACAAUUUCCUUUUACUCCACUGAUAUCUCUAUAAUGUAUGUAAACUGGAAGAUAUAGAAGUAUUUAAAUUGCUUAAUAAAUACAUAAACAAAACAUAA